AUGGAUAUGUUUCCUCUCACCUGGAUUUUCCUAGCUCUCUACUUUUCAGGACAUGAAGUGAGAGGCCAAGCAGACCAACCCUGUGGAGGUCGUUUGAAUUCCAAAGACGCUGGCUACAUCACCUCCCCGGGUUACCCCCAGGAUUAUCCAUCCCACCAGAACUGCGAGUGGAUUGUUUACGCCCCCGAACCCAACCAGAAGAUUGUCCUCAACUUCAACCCUCACUUUGAAAUAGAGAAGCAUGACUGCAAGUAUGACUUCAUUGAGAUUCGAGAUGGAGACAGCGAAUCCGCAGAUCUCCUGGGAAAGCACUGUGGAAACAUCGCCCCACCCACCAUCAUCUCCUCCGGCUCGGUCCUCUACAUCAAGUUCACCUCUGACUACGCCCGGCAGGGGGCAGGCUUCUCCUUGCGCUAUGAGAUCUUCAAGACAGGCUCUGAAGAUUGUUCAAAGAACUUCACGAGCCCCAACGGGACCAUCGAGUCCCCCGGGUUCCCUGACAAGUACCCACACAACUUGGACUGCACUUUCACCAUCCUGGCCAAACCCAAGAUGGAGAUCAUCCUGCAGUUCUUGACCUUUGACCUGGAGCAUGACCCUUUGCAGGUGGGAGAGGGAGACUGCAAAUACGACUGGCUGGACAUCUGGGAUGGCAUCCCUCAUGUUGGACCCCUGAUUGGCAAGUACUGUGGGACCAAAACACCUUCUGAACUCCGUUCGGCCACGGGGAUCCUCUCUCUGACUUUUCACACCGACAUGGCGGUAGCCAAGGACGGCUUCUCUGCGCGUUACUACCUGGUCCAUCAAGAGCCGCUGGAGAACUUUCAGUGCAAUGUCCCGCUGGGAAUGGAGUCUGGCCGGAUUGCUGAUGAACAGAUCAGUGCCUCAUCUACGUACUCUGAUGGGAGGUGGACACCUCAGCAAAGCCGUCUCCAUGGUGACGACAAUGGCUGGACACCCAACUUGGACUCCAGCAAGGAGUAUCUCCAGGUGGACCUACGCUUUCUAACUGUGCUCACAGCCAUUGCAACGCAGGGAGCGAUUUCCAGGGAAACUCAGAAUGGCUAUUAUGUCAAAUCCUACAAGCUGGAAGUGAGCACCAAUGGUGAGGACUGGAUGGUGUACCGGCACGGCAAGAAUCACAAGGUCUUCCAAGCCAACAACGAUGCCACGGAGGUGGUUCUGAACAAGCUGCACUCGCUGCUGCUGACACGCUUCGUCAGGGUCCGCCCGCAGACCUGGCACACGGGCAUCGCCCUCCGCCUGGAACUCUUCGGCUGCCGCGUCACAGACGCCCCUUGCUCCAACAUGCUGGGGAUGCUCUCGGGGCUCAUCGCCGACUCCCAGAUCUCUGCCUCCUCCACCCGUGAGUACCUCUGGAGCCCCAGUGCGGCCCGCCUGGUCAGCAGCCGCUCAGGCUGGUUCCCUCGGAUCCCUCAGGCCCAGCCAGGCGAGGAGUGGCUCCAGGUGGACCUGGGAGUGCCCAAGACCGUGAAAGGCGUCAUCAUCCAGGGGGCCCGUGGAGGAGAUAGCAUCACUGCGGUGGAAGCCAGGGCGUUUGUGCGCAAGUUCAAAGUCUCCUACAGCCUCAAUGGCAAAGACUGGGAGCACAUCCAAGACCCCCGGACCCAGCAGCCAAAGCUGUUCGAAGGAAACAUGCACUAUGACACCCCUGACAUCCGGAGGUUCGACCCUGUCCUGGCGCAGUACGUGCGGGUGUACCCGGAGAGGUGGUCGCCCGCAGGCAUUGGGAUGCGACUGGAGGUGCUGGGCUGUGAUUGGACAGACUCAAAGCCCACAGUUGAGACACUGGGACCCACCGUGAAGAGCGAAGAGACCACCACCCCGUACCCCAUUGACGAGGAGGCCACGGACUGUGGGGAGAACUGCAGCUUUGAGGAUGACAAAGAUUUGCAGCUCCCUUCAGGAUUCAAUUGCAACUUUGAUUUCCCGGAGGAGCCCUGUGGUUGGAUGUACGACCACGCCAAGUGGCUCAGGAGCACCUGGGCCAGCAGUUCCAGUCCCGACGACCGGACGUUUCCAGAUGAUAGGAACUUCCUGCGGCUGCAGAGUGAUGGGCGGAACGAGGGCCAGUACGCGCGACUCAUCAGCCCACCGGUCCACCUGCCGCGGAGCCCCGUGUGCAUGGAGUUCCAGUACCAAGCCACGGGCGGCCGCGGGGUGGCGCUGCAGGUGGUGCGCGAGGCCAGCCAGGAGAGCAAGCUCCUCUGGGUCAUCCGCGAGGACCAGGGCGGCGAGUGGAAACACGGGCGCAUCAUUCUGCCCAGCUACGACAUGGAGUACCAGAUUGUGUUUGAGGGAGUUAUAGGAAAAGGGCGUGCGGGGGAAAUUGCCAUUGAUGACAUUCGGAUAAGCACCGAUGUCCCGCUGGAGAACUGCAUGGAACCCAUCUCAGCUUUUGCAGGUGAGAAUUUUCAAGUGGACAUCCCAGAAAUACAUGGGAGAGAGGGCUAUGAGGAUGAAGUUGAUGAUGACUACGAGGUGGACUGGAGCAACUCUUCUUCCCCAACCUCCGGGUCUGGGGCCCCUCUGGCUGACAAAGAGAAGAGCUGGCUUUACACCCUAGACCCCAUUCUCAUCACCAUCAUCGCCAUGAGCUCGCUGGGCGUCCUCCUAGGGGCCACGUGUGCGGGGCUCCUGCUCUAUUGCACCUGCUCCUACUCCGGCCUGAGCUCCCGCAGCUGCACCACGCUGGAGAACUACAACUUCGAGCUCUACGACGGCCUCAAGCACAAGGUCAAGAUGAACCACCAGAAGUGCUGCUCAGAGGCCUGA